UCAGAGUAGCGGAGACGGUGGGGGAUCUGAGCCACUGCCAAAGGGCUGCAGUGGAAAGUGAUGCGGAUUAGCCGAACACCGAAUAGAUCAUAACGGCUGACCGUCAGAGAAGGACACGAACUCAGUGAUGACCCACGCACCUGUGCAAAAGGGGUUUGAAUUUCGGCGAACGGGUGCUGAGCUCGCCGAGGCGAGAUCUCGGAGCAGCCGGUGCGGUUUCUACUUGUCGUCUACUACUGCCAUGGCGUUUUAACCAGAUGGAACACAAAGACGGUAUACCCGCCGCUCCACGCGCACAGCACGGGAGACGACGGGGCGCGCACAAAAACCGAUUCCUUGGAUACCGUGCGUGAGCAAAAUCUCGGAUCUUCGAGCCACCGAAUGUUCAUUUGGACGGUGUUCUCUCAGCGUUCUCGGUGUGUAUAUGCGCGUUUGCGUGCCCGUGUCUGCCCUAUCUCGCUCUGAACAAAGACCAUCGCGCAGACUGGAUGUAGCGGCAGAUCGAGGCUCCGUCAGGACAGCGCGCGAUGGCCGUGGUUCGGAUGGACCACCCGCCCGGGAACGGCCUGGUCGGGCCGGGCCCGGAGGCGACGCCCUCGAGGACGCCGCUACUCGCUCAGGUGGAUGGCGUGGUGUUUCCUUUCCUCGGGGGGUUCGGGAGAUAUCAGAAGCGGCUCAUGCUGUUGUCAUGGAUCCCGGUGCUUCUCAUCUCAUGCAACCAGUUCUCGGAUUAUAUUCAUCUCGCUCAACCCAACAUAACAUGCACGGGGAAUAUGACCGGUGCUGCGGAUACCGUUGCGGUCCCCCCGCUCAACGGCACUACGCACACGCCGUACAUAACCGACAGUGACGAGGAUAACGGAAUGCAGUGCGCGUGUUCUGACCGGCAGAUACAACUUGAGUUUGGCCUGAAACAGAAUGUGAUUACUGAGUGGUGGUUGGUCUGUGAAGAGCAAUGGCAAGCGCACCUCACACAUCUCUCCUUUCUUUUGGGGACCGCAAUCGGAGCUCUGCUCACCGGAGCCUUGGCUGACUGGUGGGGCCGUCUGCCGGUGCUGUGUGUGAGUGUGUGUGCCACGUUUGUGAGUGGGAUAGCUGUAGCGUUCGCUAACAGCGUGCUGACCUUCUCCAUCCUGCGCUUCGUCCAGGGAAGCAGCCUGGCGGGCAUCUCCCUCUGCCUCUACCUUCUGAGGAUAGAGCUGUGUUUACCAGCCUGGCGUUUCUCCAUGACGAUGGUUGCCAAUGUGCUGGCAGUAGGCGGGCAGUUAUUACUGCCAGGUUUGGCCGUCCUGUCUGUUGAUUGGCACGUCCUUCAGCUUGUGCUCAUCUGCCCAUUGGCCCUCAUAUUGACCUAUGCAUGGUUUUUUCCUGAGUCAUUGCGAUGGCUGCUGGCAACUCAGCGUUACACGAGGGCCAAAGGUCAAAUGUACCAGGUUGCCCAGAGUAACAACAUUGACACCGAGACAGAUGAAACUGGCAUCCUCUCAGCCCUGGAAGCAGACCUGGACCAGACUCCUCAGAGCUCCUGCAUCCUGCAGAUUAUCCACACCAGAAACAUGUGGAAGAACAUCCUGGUGCUGUGUGUGAACUCGCUGGCCAGCAGUGGGAUGGGUCAGUGUUUUGUGCGUGCGGUGACGGGCGGCGCCUUCUCUCCGUUCCACUACCUGGUGUUGGUGGGCGUGUCCAUGGGCGGCUGCCUGGUGCUGGCCACUGUGGUCCUGGUGAUGGGCAGGAGGGGCGCCCAGCUGUCCUUCAUGAUCAUCACCGCCCUGGCUUCCCUGUUGCAGCUGGGACUGCUCAACCUAAUCGGGAAGUACAGUCUUCGACAUGACAUAGCUCUGAGGGACACUCUGAACAGGCGCCUGUCUGUGGCCCUCUCCGUGAUCGGAAUGCUCACGUCCAACGCUGUCAAUCACCUCAGCUUGUUCAUCUGUGCUGAGAUCACGCCAACUGUCAUCAGGGGCGGCGCUCUGGGGCUGUUGAUGGCGAAUGCAGCAGUGGGCAUGUGUGUGUCCGCGUUGGUGGACCUGCAGAAGUUCCGUGGCUUCUUCCUCCUGAGGAUCAUCCUCACCUGCUCCUGCCUCCUGUCAAUCAUCUGCAUCCCGUUGCUCCCGGAAACGACCGGCCAGCCGCUGCCGGAGUCAAUGGCGGAGGGGGAGGGGCUUCUGCGCCGGCCCCUCCCUUCAGGCGAGCAGCACCACCUCCUCACGAGGGCGGAGGUCGCCGAAUACUCCCGUGUGGCGAACACACCGAUGCAUCGCCAGGGAAACGACACAGCCAAUGGAAUAAGGACAUCAUAGGUCAAAAACCAAUGUAAAAAUGGACUCGUCCAAACACAUUAUGGGCUCCAUGAGUGGACGUCUGCUUCGUCUUACAAAGACACUCAAUCAUGAGUCACACACACACACAAACACAAACACAAACACAAGCACACACUCACAAACAUGAACAUAUCUGUAAUGUUUGUUGGAUCAUGAAAGUGCCGCAAAAAAGACAGGAUUUUAACUUGCAGUUCUCAUUUACAAUAAUCAAUGCAGUUCUAGAGACAGUAAAUGUUCAGUCUGAACAUGUGGGCAAUAUUUCAAUAAUUCGUCGUCCUCCACAGGAUAAUCAAUUCUGUAAAGCACACGCACACACACUAUCAAAACAGUUUGUACCUAAUGCAGCAUAACUCAGGAUGGAUAAUGAACGCAGUGUGUUUGUGUGUGUGUGUGUGUGUGUGUGUGUGUGUGUGUGUGUGUGUAUGAGCAAUAGACCCUUGGUUCAUAUCAGGAGGGUGUUUCAAGUAGGUGGCUUAGUGUGAAACCUUAGUAAGUUAAGCCAGGGCUGUAGUAUGAAGCAAAGUGAAUGGCUAACCUGGGUAACUUUUGGAGUAACCACUGAACUCUGCACUGAGGAACUAUUGUCUCUAAAGUUAUGUACAGUUUGGAGACCAGUGAUUACUGGUUACCUGGGUAAAGCCAGUAACCUUGCUUUCGCCGUAAACCCCCACAGACGAGCUGUAUAGCCUCAUUCUCCCAGCAAAUUAAAGCCUGUAAGGCUCUUCUGUAGGUCUACCUUGUGAGAUAACUCUCUCAGAAGGGCUUACCCAGGUCACGUCAGGAGUAAGUGCUGAUCCCCAAACAACACGUCACCUUAAAAACAAUAGAUGCUCAUGGCUCACGGAUCUUUUAAAGAUCAAUGGUUACUCCCAAAGCUACCCACGUUAGCCGGUUACCUUACUUCGUAGUACAGCCCUUGGGUUUGCCACCAAAACCUAUAAUUGAAACACCCCCCUCGUAUAGUUUGAUAGAACUAAGGCAGUGCUCAAUGUGAGCCCUUUCUGUGAGACUUGAUGGAUACAUUCCAUGUUUUAUUUUGGAAGGGAUUUUAGUCUCCUCACAAUAUCUGAAGACGUUUUGUGAGUGUUUUUUAAGAACAGUGACUGACAGGGCAGUCACGCCGUGGACAACUCAAGUGAUUAUGCCAUCGCUGUUUAUAUAUGUUUGUAAACUACUAUUUUUUUGCACUAAUUUCAUAAACACAAUCAUGUGGAGUGGUUGAGAGGAGCGAAAGAGUGUAUAUGACCUGUAUGAGUGUGUCAGCGUCCGUCUGGCCAUUGACGGUGUGAAACUUAACCUGAGGCCUCGUUACAAGGUACAGACACUAGGUCACACCUGUCUGUGUGUGUGUGCGAGUGUGCGUGUGUGUCUGUGAGGUCUUGUUUAUCUAGGAAGGUGGCAAUGAAAGGCUGCUACUCGGCCUGAGGCUACCAUAUUGCAUUAUUGUGGGAACAUGAUUUUUAAAAAAUGAAAACAUUCUUCAGA